GUGGCGGCGGCGGCGGCGCUGGUGGCGGCGCCGGGCGGCGGCGCGGCGGAGCCGGGCGGGCUGCCGGCCAAGAAGCUGCGCAUGGCCUACGCCACGGGGCCGCUGCUCAAGUUCCAGAUCUGUGUUUCCUGAGGCUACAGACGGGUGUUUGAGGAGUACAUGCGGGUUAUCAGCCAGCGGUACCCAGACAUCCGCAUUGAAGGGGAGAACUACCUUCCUCAACCUAUAUAUAGGCACAUAGCAUCGUUCCUGUCUAUCUUCAAACUAGUAUUAAUAGGCUUAAUAAUUGUUGGCAAGGAUCCAUUUGCUUUCUUCGGCAUGCAAGCUCCAAGCAUCUGGCAGUGGGGCCAAGAAAAUAAGGUUUAUGCUUGUAUGAUGGUUUUCUUCUUGAGCAACAUGAUUGAGAACCAGUGUAUGUCAACAGGUGCAUUUGAAAUAACUUUGAAUGAUGUUCCAGUGUGGUCUAAGCUGGAGUCUGGCCACCUCCCUUCCAUGCAGCAGCUUGUACAAAUUCUUGAUAAUGAAAUGAAGCUCAAUGUGCAUAUGGAGUCAAUGCCUCAUCAUCGAUCAUAGCCCCGUCUAUCAGCACUGAAACUUCUUGCAGUAAGUAGUGAUUUCCAAGAGCAGCGUGGCUCAGACCAAUGAAGGCCUGUACUGAAGACAGCGUGCUGUUAGUACAGACUGGAUGCUUUUCUUGCAGUCACGUUGUGCCUCCUGAAAAAAAUCUUACUGCAAGACAUCUUUCAGUGCUGGCAUGUUUCCAGAUACUGCACAUUCAUGGAGUGCAAUAAUACUGUAUAGUUUUUUUAAGAUUUCAUUCGACCAGUUCAUAGCUCAACAAUGCAGGCAUUACUAAUUGUAACUUAUUUUAUAUUCAUGUUUCGCACAAUGGCAGAUUGAGUUGAUACCUGAUUUUUCCUUGGAAAAAGUUUGUUUAAUCUGUUGUAUUUUAUAUGAAUUUAUGUUCUUUUUGUAGUCCAAAAUGGAGUUAUAGGAGUGUCUGAUAUUGUCCUAAAUUGUAAAAUAAUUGACAGCUAUCAUAUCUCUAAUGUGGUUAUAGCAGGUUUGUAUAUUUUUCAAAAUAUAUGGCAGAGUUGAACGAUGCAUUAUAUACUAAAUUAUAUGAACAAAAUUAUAUGCAGAGUAAUUACAUCAUUUUGUGACAUCAGUACAAGUUAAGACCAACCGCUUUUUAAAUUGUUUUGGCCGGCUCAAGAGGUUUUUCAUUGACCAGUCUGAAGAGUUGAGAAGUUGGGCCUUUCUACUGUCCUAAAUAUAAACUAAGAAAAUUAAUUUAAAUAAAGAGUUCUCAUUUACUGUGUGAA